AUGGGAAUGGGAGACUACUCACCUGGCAGCAUCUGGUACUAUGCACCAAACAAAGCCGCGCCCAUAGUCUUCAUCAUCCUCUUCUCCAUCUCCGGUGCGCUACAUGCGUGGCAGACAAUCAAGCACAAAUCAUGGCGAACAACAGUCCUUCUGCCGUGGGCCGCUCUUCUGAUGAUCAGCGGCUUUGCAGUGCGUCUCGCAGGCGCAUACGACACUGACAAUCUAGCAUACCUCAUAGCUUCGACCGUCCUCAUCAUGUCUGGGCCGCCGGUAUACGCGCUCAUCAACUACUUCAUACUGUCAAGGUUACUCUACUACAUACCCUACCUGGCCCCUCUUCACCCAGGGCGGGUAGCAACGACCUUCAUAGGCCUCGAUGGCGUAUGCGAGGUCCUCAUCGGACAAGGUGCAUGGCGCAUGGCCAACUCCAGCUCCACCGAUGCAGAACGGCAACUCGGCUCUGAUCUCGUCACCGCAUCGCUUUGUCUCCAGGCAACACUCUUUGGCGCAUUUGGCCUCCUCGCUGCACAGUUUCAUCGACGUGCCAACAAAGCCGGAGUACUCAAGCAGGACCUACGCGUCGUACUGUAUGUCAUGUAUGUGAGUGCGGGUAUCGUUACCAUACGCUGCAUCUACCGCCUCGUGGAAUACAUCCUUGGCUGGGAGUCCUCCAUAUAUCAGAACGAAAUCUACUUCUGGAUCUUCGAAGCUGUCAUUAUGUUUCUCAACACCGCUUUGCUCAACCUGUGGCAUCCGGGUAAACGUCUACCUCACUCCAACUCCGUGUUCCUAGCUCGCGAUGGCGUGACUGAACGGAAAGGACCAGGCUGGGGUGAUGACAGGCCGUGGAUAAUUACCAUCUUUGACCCUUUUGAUAUUUGGGGCCUGGUCAAAGGGAGGGACAAGAAGACGCAGUUCUGGGAUAUGAGCGAUGCAGAGUUGGAUGCGGCUAGAGCAGAGAAGAAGAGGAAUAAGCGAGGAGUACUCAAAGGCUUGGUCGACCCUUUCUAUCUUUGGGGCCAAAGGGGAUACAUUGGCAGGUAUCUUAAGAAAGACAAGAGAGGCAGCGCAGACGACCAUGAGGGUGUGAUAUAG